AUGAGAGUUUUUAUUAAUAAUAUAAAUACAUACAGUGGAAGCUGUUUAUGUAAGACACUAGACAAUAUCGAAAAUGAAAAAUGUGAAAUAUAUGGUACAGUGAUAAGUCAAAAUGAAUCGAAUGAGGAAGAUAUGUACAUGUAUAAUUAUAAUAAUGUAAAAAAAAUAGUGUCAAAAACUAAUAAAGAUAAAUUACUAAAAUAUAUAGUCAUGUCCAAUUUAUGUAUAUUUGAUAUGCACAAUACAUGUAUAGAUGAAAUAGAAUAUAUUAUAAGAAAAUUAAGAAAUGAAGAAAUAAAAAAUAAAAUUACUUUUAUUCUUAUUUCGUCUAUUAUGACUUGGAAUAAAACAAAAAGAAAAUUUUUCAAAAAAAAAGUUGAAGAAAAUGGUGAGGGAAAAACUGGAGAAAACGCUGAAGAAAAGGGUGAAGAAAACGACACUGUUUUAAAAACCCAAACAAGUGACCAAACAAAUUCUAUUGAUGAUUUUGAAAAAAAUAACAUAGACAAAUAUAGAUAUAUUCCCGAAAUUUUUAGUGAAAAGGAUUAUUUAAAAAGAAUACCAUCAUCUGAUUAUAAAGAAUUAAAAACAAUUGAAACUCUUAUUUUAUCGUUAAAUUCUGUUAAAAAUAUAAACACAUAUGUUGUUGCUUCAGGAAUAUUAUAUGGUAAUGGAGAAAAUGUUUUUUUUCCAAUUUUUAAAAAUGCAUGGUUUAGUAAGGAUAAUCAAAUAAUUGACAAGGGAGAUAAUUUUAUUCCUAUUAUUCAUGUAAAAGGAUUGUGUGAAUAUGUUAAAAAUGUUUUUUUAUAUAAGCCUAAAAUAAAAUAUCUUAUAGCAGUUGAUCAAGAAUAUGUUACACAAAAAGAUAUUAUAAAAUCUGUUGCUAAUUAUAUGUCUGGUAAUAAUAAUUAUUUAUCUGUAUCAUCUUAUGAUUCUAUUUUUAUUAAGGACUCUGAUAAGUUAUGUAUCAACUUGAGAUUUCAGUGCACCCAGUUUUGGAACCCCAAUCAAAUAAAUACGACUGACGAGGAAAAAAAAGACAGUUCCGAAAAGGAUGAAAAUGAAAGUGAUAAGAAUGGAAACAGUGAAGUUGACAGUGACGAGAAUGAAGACGAUGAAAAUGAAGAGAGUAGUAAACAUGAUGAAAGUAGUGAGCAUGAUGAAAAUAGUGAGUAUAGCGAGCAUAGCGAAGGUGAUGAACAUGAAGAAGAUGAGAAGCAUGAGGAAGGAGAAUCGUGUGUUAAGUUUCAUUGCCAAGAUGGAUUUACAAAAAAUAUUUCAAUUUUAUUGACAGAGUUUUGUGAAUAUCGAAAUCUUAAAUCUUUGAAAAUAAUAAUUUUAGGUCCCCCAGGGGUAGGUAAAUCAUUUAUUGCUAAAAAAGUUUGUGAACAUUAUAAUUUAAAAAUGUGUUCUAUUCAAAUAUUAUUAGAUGAAUGCAAAAAAAAUAAUUAUAAUUUUCCGGAAUAUUAUAAAAAUAGUUUAAACAAUAUUGAAAAGUCGGACAAGCUAAACCUAAAUGAUCUUUCACUAAUAUUUUAUAAAAAAUUAAAAAGUAAUGAAUGUAAAUUUAGAGGUUAUGUUUUAGAUUCAUUUCCUAGAAAUUAUGAUGAAGCAAAAAUAUUUUUUGAAAGUUAUUCCGCUUCAAAUGUAGUGACCAGUUCAAACGGCCUUACUAUUUCAGAAAAUGAAGAAAUGAAUAAAAAGGAUAAAAAAAAAAAUGAAAAACAAGGGACUAAUGAUGGAUCAGAAGGUGACGAAGGGAGUGGAGAAGAAACAGAAAAUGAAGUGAAUGAUGAAAGUAAAGAAGAUGAACAAAGUAACUCUAGUAGUAAAAAAACAUCGAGCCAAUCAGGUACAUCAGAAAAUGAAGAUACAUCAGAAAGUGAGGAUGAAUCAGAAAAUGAAGACGAAUCAGAGAAUGAAGAUGAAUCAAAUGAAAGCCCAAAAAAGGGUAAAAAAAGGGAUACCAAAAAUGAUAGUGAAAAAAAUAAAGAAUGUUUAUAUAAUGAUGGAAAAAAUAUACAACCAAUUAAUAACACUAUACUUCCUGAAUUUGUCAUAAUUUUAAAAUCAAAUGAAGAUCUUUGUAGAAAUCGAAUGAUGAAUUUACCAAAGGAAGAAAUUAUCAAAGGGCAUAAUGAUGAAAAGGGUUUUGAAAGACGAUAUAAUAAAUAUGUAGAAGAAAAUUGUAGAAAUGAUUAUUUAGAGUUUGAUAAAAAAAAUACAAUUGAAGAUUAUUUUAUAGAAAAUGAAAUAGAAGUUUUAAAUAUUAAUAUAAAUGAAAAAUCAAUUCUUGAUGAUAUAUUAACAAAUAUAUACAUAUAUAUUGAAAAAAAUAAAAAAUUUUAUAAUUUUUUACCAUCUACUGAUGAAAUUUUAAAAAAUAAAUUACAUGAACAAGAAAUAAAAUUAUUAAAUGAAAAAGAAAAUUUACAAAAAACUGAAGAUAAUAUUGCUAAUGAAGAAUUAAAUAAAAAUGAUGAAUUAAUAAAAGCUGAAAAAAAAAGACAACAAUUACUUAUGGAAUAUCAGCAACAAUAUAUACAUAACCAAUCAUUACCUUUACGAUUUUAUUUAAUUAAAAAUAUUUUGCCAAUUUUAACUGAUGCAUUAAUAUAUAUUUGUAAAACAAAACCAAAAAAUCCAUGCUUACACAUAGCAGAAUAUUUAUUGGAAAAUGCCCAUAAAUAUAAUGUCGAUGAAAAUAUUUUACCUUUGAUACCCCCCAAAAAAAAUGAAGAUCAAGAAGAUUCUCCAAAUGACCAUCCCAAAGAAACAAACAUUCAGUAG